AUGUCGCAAGACGAUGUGAAGCACACCUCGCCGUCGAACUUAUCUCUGGACCAUGAAUAUUCCUCAGGAUUGGAAGGCCACAAUGUACAUGAUAAGAAAACACAGCACAACACAGCAUGGACGCGCAUCUACAGAGUCGUAACAUACACGCCGCCGCGAUGUCGCUGGGACCCGGAGAAACCACCAGCAUUCAGUAUGGCGUUGAACGUGCUCUUCGGCUUUGCAGGUGCCUUUACAGUUGCGAACCUUUACUAUAGUCAUCCCAUUCUGAACAUCCUGGCGGAAGAAUUUAAUGUGCCGUAUGAGAAGGUCUCACAGAUCCCAACUGUCAUGCAAGCAGGAUAUGCUGCAGGGCUGCUGUUUUUGUGUCCAUUAGGCGAUCUUUUGCCUCGCAGACCGUUUGUUCUGAGCCUUGUUUUCUUCACUGCGACCAUGUGGAUUGGUGUGUGUGUAACAAAAGAUUUGGCUGCAUUCACUGCCAUUUCUUUCGUUACGGCUAUCACUACUGUUACGCCACAGCUCAUGCUCCCUCUUGUUGGUGACCUUGCACCGCCAAGUAAGAGGGCAGCAUCUCUCUCGAUCGUCACAUCUGGUCUUUUGCUGGGCAUGCUGAUUGCUCGUCUGCUGUCUGGUGUCCUGACCAACUAUACUUCAUGGCGCAACAUCUACUGGCUCUCUCUAGGACUCCAGUAUGCCAUCUUUGCGUUACUCUGGCUGUUUAUGCCCGACUAUCCCUCGACCAACCCUGGCGGUAUCAAUUACUUCAAGAUUCUGUGGUCAAUUGUCGAGAUGCUGUUCAAAGAGCCUGUGCUAGUCCAAGCCUGUUUCGUCACCUUCUUCACAGCCGCAACAUUCACCUGCUUCUGGACUACGCUGACCUUUCUCCUCGCCGGCUCACCUUACAACUACGACUCUCUGACCAUCGGUCUCUUCUCCCUCAUCGGCAUCGCAAGUAUGUUCACCGGACCUUUCUGGGCAAAGUAUGUUAUCGAUCGCUUUGUCCCUCUGUUCUCAGUCAUUCUAGGAGAGUGCUGGUGUAUGUUGGGCAUCUGCAUCGGCACCUACACCGGUCGCAUCACCAUUGCUGGACCGGUCAUCCAAGCCUUCUUCAAUGACUUUGGGUUGCAAACUGCGCAAAUCGCCAAUAGAAGUGCCAUCUACAGCAUCGCACCCAAAGCACGUAAUCGUGUCAACACAGCUUUCAUGGUUGCAACGUUUUGCGGCCAGCUGGUCGGUACGGCUGCAGGAAACCACCUCUACGCAAGAGGUGGUUGGAUUGUAAGCGGUAGUUAUAGUGUUGCGAGUAUUGGUGCAGCAUUAAUAUGUUGCUUCGCGCGUGGGCCAUGGGCAGAAGGAUGGUCCGGCUGGGGUGGUGGCUGGAGUGUUUACAAGAAGAGUGCUCAGAGCGCUGAUGGAAAGGCAGAUGAGAAGCAGACCAUGGGAGCUGUGGAAUUGACCAGUGGCGUCAAGAAAGAUCCAGAGAAGGGUAAGACGCAGCAGCAAAAGGUCAACGAAGGGCACACACUGGAGAAAGGCAUCGAGAUGCUAGGCGCCGAGGAUAUUGAGAACCCUGUGCGAGAGAUGAAAGAUCGCGAGAACGAAGAAAAGAGCUCUACUAGCCAGAACAAAGACGAGCUUGUGCCUGUAAAGAGUACGCAGAGCGUCUGA